AUGUUCAAGCUCACUCUGACUGCAGGACUCUGCUUGAUCAUCUCCUGUCUGACCUCCUCCACCAGGCUGGUGUGUUACUAUGACAGCUCAGCUGAAAAUAGAGCUGAGGACGGGAAGUUCCAGGUUUCAGAUAUCGAUCCGAACCAGUGUACACAUCUGAUCUAUGCCUUUUCUGACAUUAACAACCAACAUGAGCUGGUUCCCAACAGUGAAGCUGACAUUCAACGCUAUGAGUCCUUUAAUGGACUCAAAACCAGGAAUCCGCUGCUGAAAACACUGUUAGCAGUUGGUGGUAUAACCUUUGACACGAGAAAAUUCAGUACAAUGGCAUCAACACAACAGGACAGAACAAAGUUCGUCCAGUCUGUCAUCACUCUGCUGAGAGCAAAUGGUUUUGAUGGGAUAAACCUUGACUGGAGGUACCCUGGUGGAGCUCAGAGCCAACCAGAGGACAAGCAGAGAUUCACACUGCUGACAAAGGAGCUAAAAGACGCAUUUGAGGCUGAGGCAACUAACCGUGAGAGAUUAAUUGUCACUGCGAGUGUGUCUGCUGAGAGAGCCAUUAUCAAUGCCAGUUACGAAGUCACACAGAUUGCAAUGCACCUGGAUUUUAUAAAUGUGCUGACAUUUGACUUUCAUGGUCCUUGGGAAAAUGUCACAGGACACCACAGCCCCUUAUAUCGGGGAUCCCAAGACACUGGAGACAAUAUCUACUCAAACACUGAUUCUGCCAUGCAGUACUGGCAGGACCAGGGAGCACCUUCACAAAAGCUAAACUUGGGGUUAGCAACAUAUGGACGUGCUUUUACCCUCUCCUCUGCAUCCAGCAAUGUUGGAGCAUCGAUCAGUGGUGCUGGUGACGAUGGCUGCUACACCGGUGUAGAGGGAUUCUGGGCCUCUUAUGAGACUUGUCUUUACCUUGAAGACAUUACAAUACAGAUGAUUCCUGAUCAAAAAGUUCCAUAUGCCACAACAGAAAACCAAUGGGUUGGAUUUGACAACAAAGACAGCCUUGACGCUAAGGUCAGUUACCUAAAAACUAACAACAUUGGAGGAGCUUUGGUCUGGUCUAUGGACCUGGAUGACUUUAGUGGAAAGUUCUGUAAACAGGGCAACUUCUCCCUCAUCAGUCACCUGCAUGCUCUCCUGAUUCCAGGUUUUCCUGACCUUACCACUUCAACAACAGCCAAGCAGACAACCACAACAACUACCCCGGCCACAAACAUGCCUACUACUACAACCACAGCUCACCCUACCACAACCAGUGCUCCCCCUAAGACAGUCACUUCAAUCCCUGCUACAACUACCAAAACUGCUACUAUAACAAUCACAGCUUCCUCUACAGUGACCUCCAUAAUCCUGCCUACCACAACUACUACAUUACCUCCUACCAAAUCCUCUACAGUUCCUCCUACUACAACAACAACCCCCCAUACUAAAACCACAACAAAAAUAUCUACUAAAACCACAACAACAGCUCCCCCUACUACAACUACAACAACCCAAAUUACUAAAACAACAUCAACUCCCCGUACCACAAUGACAGCAAACGCACAUACUACAACAACAGCUCCACCUACUACAACCACAACAACAGCUCCCCCUACUACAACCACAGCAACCCCACCUAUAACAGCCACUACAAUGACCCCUAUUACAACCACAGUGCCCCCUACCACAAGCACAACUGCCUCUAUCACAACAACAACAGCACCCCCUACUAACAACAGCCUCCCAUACUACAACCACAACAGCUCCUCCUACUACAACCACAACUAUGCCACCUUCCACUACGUCAAAAACGCCCACUACCACAACUUUCCCACAUUCCACUAUCACAACCCCCCCUACCACAACUACCCCUAUCACAACCACAACAACUCCCAAUGCUACAACAACUGCCCCACUUACAACAAUCACAACAUUGCCCCCUUCCACAACCACAACUGCCCUUGUCACAACAACAGCUGCUUCUACUACAACCACAACAACCCCACCUACUACAGCAACAACUGCCCCACCUACAACAACCACUACCAUGUCUCUUACUACGACAACUACCCCAUCCACAACAACCACUACAAUGCAACUUACCACGAGCACAACUGCCCUUAUCACAACAACAUCUCCCACUACUACAACCACUACAAUGUCUCCCACUACAACCACAACAACACCACCUACUACCACAACUCCCCCUAA